CUCCGGCAAAGCAGUGCCUCCGAAGCCGGAAGCCAGGUGUAGGAGCCGCUGUUUGUGUACACGAUCAGAGCGCCUCACACAUCAUCGGACGUGCCAGUGUCACCUGUCAAUCACUUAGUAAAUCCCGCUGUGGGUUUCUCUCCGUUUGUGUGUAAACAGAUGGUCAUUGUGUGUGUGAGUUUGUGGUUUCUUAGAGGAAGCUCGGGCUCAGCUCCCCCUGCCCCCAGAGACAGCCAUGGGGAAUCAGCUGGCAGGGAUAGCGCCCUCUCAGAUCCUCUCUGUGGACAGCUACUUCUCAGACAUCCAUGACUAUGAGUACGACAAGAGCCUGGGCAGCACACGCUUCUUCAAAGUGGCCCGUGCCAAGCACAGGGAGGGCCUGGUGGUUGUGAAGGUAUUUGCCAUCCAAGACCCCUCUCUGCCCCUCACCAACUACAAGCAGGAGCUGGAGGAGCUGAAGAUCAGGCUGUGCUCUUCCCAGAACUGCCUGCCCUUCCAGAAGUUUACCUUGAACGAGAAGGCAGCCCUACUUUUCAGGCAGUAUGUCAGGGACAAUCUUUAUGACAGGAUCAGCACCCGUCCCUUUCUCAACAACAUUGAGAAGCGCUGGAUUGCCUUCCAGAUCCUGACCGCUGUGGAUCAAGCUCACAAAUCUGGGGUAAGACAUGGAGAUAUCAAAACAGAAAAUGUUAUGGUGACCAGCUGGAACUGGGUACUCCUGACAGACUUCGCCAGCUUUAAACCCACCUACCUCCCUGAGGACAAUCCUGCGGACUUCAACUAUUUCUUUGACACUUCCAGGAGGAGAACCUGUUAUAUUGCUCCAGAGAGGUUUGUGGAUGGCACCACUUUUUCCACAGAGAUUGAAUCCAUGAAUGAUCCAUCGACGCCUUUGGUGGAUCUCACAAAUAACAACCAGCGUACGAGAGGGGAACUUAAAAGAGCAAUGGAUAUUUUUUCUGCAGGUAUCUCUUCUGCUAUAUCAAUGCUUUUGCUUAUUUGAUCCGCAACAUAUAAACCAUAAUAUUCCAUGUAUUACUUUAAAUUACAGAGUAAGUAGUCAUUCCAUAACCGUAAAGAAUUUGUAAAAAAAUAAAUACAUAAACUCUCUUUACCGCCCUUUAAAUUGAAUAAGCUAUAAAAAUCACAGUGAGAGAGUGCAAAAAUGUAUCAUGCUCCUUUUUGUCAUCACACUAUCACUGUUCUGUCCUGGUUUCUUUGACAGCCAUUUUCUGUCAUCCCAAUUGACCUUUUACAACACCUUACUAUGCACAGAUUGUUGUGCAUCCAACAUUGUAGCACAAAAAGAUAUGUGAUCACAGAUACGAUAACAUCACCCUUCCUAAAGGGACACUGUAGGAACUAUAACCAUUUAAUAUCAUUGGAUUCCCAUGGCGCUGUCCAUCCAUUCACUAAAAACUAUUUACAAGUAGUUUAAAACUGAAUGAGCGACCCUAACUUCCAACAACUCAAUGAGAUGAAGCAGUUACAAUCAGUGGUCUAUUCUGGUUUUGUGCUGCCCUAGGCAAAUGCACAUUCACUGACAGAUACGCAUACACUAGCUAACAGAAACACACACUAACAGACACACACACACAAACAGACACACACACACAAUCACUUACAUUAACAUAUUUUUUAAAAUGAUUUAACGCCCCCCCCCCAGCCUCCUUACCUUUGGGUCCCCUCUCUCCCUGGGGGUCCAGUGGCUGCUGGGCGGGCGGGCGGCUGGCUGGCGAGGGAGCACUUCCUCUGAGCUCUCUGCUCAGCUCCCUCGCGCGCCGCAGAUUGAGGCUGGGAGCCGGGUUGAUGAUGUCAUGUUCCGGCUCCCAGCCUCACUCUGCGGCGCGCGAGGGAGCUGAGCAGACCGCCCAGUAUGUCAGUUAGCCGCGAGGCUAACUAGGCAUUUGCCCUGGGCAUUUGGCUUUUUUGCCGCCCCCUGGAAAAUGCCUUGUUUGCAUCGUGGCUAAUGUGUCCCUGGUUACAAUGCCUACAAUGUCCCUUUCAGCAGAAUAACCAAAGUGUGCCUCUUGCGUCGGUGUCAAGGUGGCAUCUGGCUUCUGAAUCUCUGAUAGGGGCACCACUGGCUUAGAACAGUCAGCUGACACUCUCAACCAAUCAGUGACUCCCCAUUCAUAAAACUGACUUGAAGAAAAACAAACUUUUUAGGCUAGUUUUUUGAAUCAGGGUCACUUAUUGGCUGAGAGCAUCAGUCGGUGCCACCUGGAGGACCUGCGGAUCUGUGCUGGAGGUGCACUUUGGUGUUAAAGGGACACUAUAGUCAUCCAGACCACUUCAGCUCAAUGAAGUGGUCUGGGUGCCAGGUCCCUCAGGUUUUAACCCUGCAGAUGCAAACAUAGCAGUUUCAGAGAAACUGCUAUGUUUACAUUGCAGGGUUAAGCCAGCCUUAGAGGUGCAUCUGUGACGCUGGAUGCAUUUAAUGCCACCAUCGCGCAGAACGUCCAUAGGAAAGCAUUAAAAAAUGCUUUCCUAUGGACACUUUGAAUGCCGCUGACGUUGGCGGAGGAGGGAGGGAGCCUGGCGCUGGAAAAAGGUAAGCUGCUGAAGGGGUUUUAACCCCUUCAGCGCCACUGGAAGGGGACCCUAAGAGUGGGGGCACCCUCAGGGCACUAUAGUGUCAGGAAAACCGUUUAUUUUUUCUGACACUAUAGUGAUCCUUUAAAUAGUUCUAGGAGCCUCCUGGUACCAUAACAACUUUGUUUAGAUGAACUUGUUCUGGUGCUUGGAGUGUUCUUUAAGGACGACAGCAAUUGUACAAGUUAUGACCAAAACAAGUCCUAGAAUUUGAGUUAUAUGUCUGCUCCACCAUAAUUUACCUCUUUCAUAUUAAAGGAAUAUUAUAGUGUCAGGACCACAAACAUGUAUUCCUGACCCUACAAUGUUAAAAACACUACAUAGCCCUCCUUGCCCUCCUCCAUAUAGUAAAAUUGUACCAUUUGUAAAAUUGUACCAUUUGUAUGCCAGUCCGCUGGUGUUGGCUCUUCCCAUGAAUUGCCUCCUUGGCUGACAUCAUCAUGAGUGAUUAUUUCAGCCAAUCACUCUGCUUUCCCAUGGUCAAAUGCCACCCUGGCCAAUCGGCUUGUUCUCAUGGAUAUGCAUUGAAUCAAAAUCAACAUUCUGUGCAUAUUAUGUAUGUUCAGAUACAUUAUGCAGUGAAUUGACUUUGCAUUGAUAUGAUGUAGAAUAGGAGAGAGUCACAAGUACAAUGCAGCUUGGUUGUGUGACUAUAUGAUUUAUCCCCCAACAGGUUGUGUGAUUGCAGAACUAUUCACAGAAGGAGUUCCACUGUUUGAUUUGUCUCAACUUCUGGCUUACAAAAAGGGGCAAUUUAUCCCUGAUCAAGCGCUAAGCAAAAUUGAAGACCAUUCUAUCCGGCAGUUGGUAAAUGUUUCUUAUUUUCAUGAAUAUAUAAUAAAUCUAAUGUUUAAAGUGCAUCUGCCAUGGAAAGAGAUAUCACAAGCAGUUAUUAAAUUAUUUAACCCCUUAAGGACACAUGACGUGUGACAUGUCAUGAUUUCCUUUUAUUACAGAAGUUUGGUCCUUAAGAGGUUAAAGGGGAACUCUAAGCACCAUUGCCACUACAGCUUGUUGUUGUGGUUAUGGAGCAAAGAAUAUUCGAGUGCUCUUCCCUGGUUUGGUUUACAUUUAUUUUGACUUCUUUGACAAAAGUCAAUUCUCCUCUGACAUCUAAAGUCUAGUCUGUUCUCUGCAUUGCCCAUUUAACUGUGGGCAAAAAUGAAAGACUGAUUGAGGUGGGUUAGCCAUGCACUAUAAAUCUAUAGUUGCCAUUCAAAGUUGAAGUGCUGUGCUAAAAUAUAUGCUUUAGUCAAGUGAUGCAGAGAGCCUGGAUGGAUUUUACUCAACACUACUUCUGCAUAUAUUUUAAAUAGCGUUACUUUGAGAUGCCAAAUACCCUAAUCAACUUGUUCCUAUAAAAAUGCACUUAUUUAUUUUUAAUAAUUGUGACUUUUGUUUCAAUUUUCCUUUUAAGGUAACACAGAUGAUCUGUCGGGAACCUGAGAAACGGUUGGCUGCUGAAGACUACUUGAAACAACAAAGGGGCAAUGCGUUCCCUGAAAUAUUUUACACAUUUUUACAGCCAUACAUGGCGCAGUUCGCUAAAGAAACAUUCCAUUCUGCCGAUGAGCGCAUCCUUGUUAUACGCAAAGAUCUCGACAACAUCAUACACAAUUUCUGUGGCGAUGACCAAUGUGAGAAGUCUGAUAGUGAAACCAAGGAAAAUGGACUUCUUAUCCUGGUCUCUGUGAUAACGUCUUGUUUGCAGACACUGAAACACUGUGAUUCUAAACUUGCUGCCCUGGAGCUUCUGCUGCACCUUGCUCCACGUUUAAGUGUUGAGAUUUUACUAGACCGUAUUACUCCAUACCUGUUACAUUUCAGCAAUGAUUCUGUUCCAAGAGUAAAGGCAGAAGCUGUGAGGAUAUUGACCAAAGUUCUUGCUCUUGUCAAGGAAGUGCCUCGUAAUGACAUCAACAUUUAUCCGGAAUACAUUUUGCCUGGAAUAGCGCAUUUGGCUCAAGAUGAAGCCACUAUCGUCAGAUUGGCAUAUGCAGGUAAGGAUGACCAGAUGGAAUUACUUAAGGAGACAGUCUAAGUACCAAAAUCACUUCUUAUUAAUGAAGUGAUUUUAGGAAAUAGAUUCUGCCCCUAUAGCCUUUCUGCUGUAAAUAGUGCAGUUUCUGAGAAAUUACAUGGUUUGCAAGUUACUAUUUUCAUGCCUCUAGUGGCAGAUCACAGCAGUUGCCACACAAGUGCUGUAUGUCCUCAAAGCUUCUCUCUGUAUUUCUUGUUCGAUACUCCUUUUACUUUUUUUGUGGUGCUUUUCUUGCACAGAAAACAUUGCAUUGCUGGCUGAGACUGCACUUAAAUUUCUGGAGUUGGUGCAACUGAAAAACCUAAGUAUGGAAAAUGACCCAAACAUUGAAGAGAUAGAUGAGAUGUCACAUCCAAGUGAGAACUAUGACACAGGUAAUGUGCAUGUAAUUUGUUUAUUUACUUAUUUACAUUUUUAGACAUUCUAAAUGCUUUUCAAAUUAACUUAUGCUAAACAGAUUUGAACAGGGAGUUCAAUCAAUAAGACCAAAUGAACAUAUGUUUUGUUGGUGCCCAUAAUGUCCCUUGAAAUUUAAUUUCUAAAAUAAUGUUGGUCUCCAAAUACAAACUGGCAUUUUUCUCCCAUGUCUGGAAGAUUCAGUUGAAAUACAUAGGGAAAGAAGGCAUCCUAUUAAACCACAAGAUCUUCCAUAGAUAAUGUUGCACAUGCUCCGUAAGAUCCAAUCAAAUGUUAAAUCAAACAGAAAUAGUGGCAGAAACAGUGCCUUUUACUUAAGAUGGCAAUUUCUUGAGCAAGUAGUCAAAUUCCAAUAGUGAAGAAUACAUUUUCACAAUGAUUCUAUCUCUAAGAAAAGCUCAAAAGUGACAGAUCUAACAAGAUAAGCAUGUUUUUAGAAUUGCUUUACAUAGUAUGGCAAUUCAUAAUUACUGACAGUGACUUUAUUUUACUGUAAAACCACAGGAUUGUCCAUAAUCAGAGCUGUUUAAACUACUGCAAAAAUAAACUGUUGGGACUCAUUAUGCAAGUUUACCAUUUAAUGUUCACAGUAACUCAUUAAGUUCCCUUUGUACAGAACUGCAGGCUUUGCAUGAAAUGGUUCAACAAAAGGUGGUAACAUUGCUGAGUGACCCAGAGAAUAUUGUGAAGCAGACUUUAAUGGAGAAUGGCAUAACAAGACUCUGUGUUUUCUUUGGUCGUCAAAAAGCAAAUGAUGUCCUCCUUUCUCACAUGAUCACUUUUCUGAAUGAUAAGAAUGACUGGCACCUCCGUGGAGCUUUCUUUGACAGCAUUGUUGGUAGGUAAUUACAUGUUGACAAUCCAUGGAUUUCAAGACUUCAAACCUCAUUUAAAGGGACACUCAAGUGCCCAAAUAGAAAAUAAAUAUCACUAUUUAGUAGAUAUUCCCCAAAUCAAGUCACAUGCAUUUUCACUGGAUGUGUAUAUAUAAAGACAGCUUGCAAAACCAGCAGUUCUCUUUUCUGCAUCAUUUGUAAUCCAACUUCUAACCUCACCCAGACUUUCUGAGGCUUUCCAAUGCAGCUCAAUGAGAACGGUUUGCAAGGCAGGUUCUUUUAGCAAUUGCUGCCUCUUGAGUUUAACUCUACUGAGCUAACCAAACCAGGAAGCUAUAGGUGCUGUUGUCUCCUUGAAAGCCAGGGGACCAGGUUAAUUUAUAAAAGUGACAAUUUCUAUUGAAAUCUGCACUUUAUUCAAAAUGGGGAAAAAAAGAGGACACACUCUACACCCAUAAAGCCUUUCAGCAAGCUAACAUGCUUUAUGGGUUUGGUCUGUCCCUUUAACCCCUUAAGGACACAUGACGUGUGACAUGUCAUGAUUCCCUUUUAUCUUUUAUUCCGGAAGCUUGGUCCUUAAGGGGUUAACGUGACACUCCAGACUCAUGUGAAGAGUAUGUCUUUUUUUUAUUUAUCAAAAGUGCAGAUUUCAAUCGAAACACUAAUCAUUGUUUUGGUGUUUUUUUCAGCAAUGGGGUGCCCCUUUAUGUCUUCAUUUAAAACUCAUAUGUAUGAAAGGCACUGCUUUCCCUUUCUUGUAUAAAAUGAUGUAAAGGCACACAUUCCUCUGGGUUAGAUGUGUCAUGCAAACAGUGUACUUUGUAACUUCUUUUAUUCAGAGAUAUCUCUGGAUCAGUGCAAUGUCUGCUUCUGUCAUCUUAAAAUCUGUACCUCAUUGAGGAGAUAUGCAUGAAGUUUCAUUCUAAGCACCAAAACCACUUUUGCUGAAUGAAAUCUGUGUGGUGUAUAGAUCAUGCCAUUGUAGUCUCACUGCUUAGUUUUCUGCCCAUUUAGAAGUUAAAUGACUUUGUUUCUGUAGACCUAGCAACCAAGGCUGACUAGUGUAAGUAAUGCUCUUUGCCUACAUUAAAGCGGCACUGUCAUGGCCGAAUCCCGUUUUUUUUAACCUCCCUCCCGCCUCCACUACAUCUAAUUGACCCCCUAGUCACCCCCAAAUGCCCCUAAUUUUCUGCCCCGAUCUAUAUUCAGGGCGCCACCAUCUUUGUGUGGGUAGAUGAAGUCCCUAUGGGACACGUCAUUUGCCCACACUAGACAGACUGAGAUUCCCGCACAUGCCCAGUGAAACACUUGGACAUGCGAACGGGAAUUUCAUCUAUUCAUUCAUCAGAAAGACAAAUGAAUGAAUAGCAUUGUCAGACAAACAAACACUGUAUAUCAGUGUUCGUUUGUUUGUGCAGUUUAUUGCAAGUUUGUGCAGUUUAUUGCAAGGAGGGAGCUACCGGCGCGCAGCUCCCUCCUUGUAAUAUGUAAAGAUAGAGGCGGCAGGGAGCAGUGCUCCCCACCACUUCAUAAGCCCCCAUGUCCUCCCUCACUCUAUGGGGGUCAAUAUGACCCCCAUAAUAGCAUAAGGGAGAUCAAAAUCUCCCGAAUGCCCCUACUCAUUAUACCGCGAGAAGGGGCAUGUCCACUAUACAGUGAGCAGCCUGCUCACUGUAAAAAACAAAACAUAAAAACUACUAUCCGGCCCUCACCCCUGUGCGGCGGGUGGGGGCCGUAAAUAACAAUAAGGGGUAGGGACCUACUGUCCACCCCCUGGCCCCCACCCCUGCAUGGUGGGUGGGGGCCAUAAACUACAAUGGGGAACCUACUGACCUCUCCACCCACCCCCACCCUUGAGUGGUGGGUGGGGGCCAUAAAGAUAAUGAGAGGGGGGAACCUACAGUCCUCCUCCCCCCCCACCCCUGCGUGGUGGGUGGGGGUCAUAAAUUACAAUGGGGGGGAAACCUACUGUCCUCCCCACCCCUGGGAGGCAGGUGGGGGCCAUAAAGAUAAUGAGGGGGGAACCUACUGUCCUCCCCCACCCCUGGGCGGGGGGUGUUGGCCCUAAGACAAAUCUACCACCCCCCCCCCCAUUAAAGGUGAGUAGGGGUCCCCAAGCCCCUAGUCACCCACCCCCCCACCAAAAAAAAGUUUCCCCCUACCUACCCCCCUCACCCUAAAAAAUAGUGAGGGGGGAAUAAAAUAACUAACCUGUAAAGAAAAAUUAAACUUACCAUUUGACGUCUUUUUUUUUUUUCUAAAAUCUUCAUUUUUUAGCCCCAAAAAAGGACAAAUAAAAAACCAUCAUAUCCGUCGAACUUAAAAUAAAAUAAAAAACCCGAGCGCAAAAAAAAACCCAGACGAAAAAGAAAAAACCAGAGUGCAAAAAAAAAUAAUCCUUCUUCACCCAUGGAGGGCUCUGCGCAGACUGAGUUCUGCAGGGCGGGGGAAGGCUUAUAAAGCCUUGCCCCGCCCUGCAAUUGGGCUAAGAACACUCUGAGUACAUGCUGUGUAAAAUGACAAAGCACUCUGGUUAGAUUCCAACCCCACCAAUCAGAGUGUUAUGAGUCAAAUUACACAGCGUGGGAAAAUUCCAAAGAACUUUCCCAUCCUGUGUAAAAUGACACAGAGCACUGUGAUUGGAUGUAUUUCAAGCCACCCAAUCAGAGUGCUCUGUGUCAUUUUACACAGUGUGGGAAAGUUCUUUGAAUGUUAACACGCUGUGUAAAAUGACAAAGAGCACUCUGAUUGGCUUAAAACAACCAAUCAGUGUUCUUAGCCAGGGGUGGGGACCGGGGAGGGGGGAGGGAGGACAGUAGGUGUUCACCCCCCUCCCCCCCAUUGUAAUUUAUGGCCCCCACCUCCGCGCAGGGGUGGGGGCCGGAGGGAGGACAGUAGUGGUGUGUUUUUCUGUUUUUUUUUUUUUUACAGUGAGCAGCCACAGGCUGCUCACUGUUUACUAAACUCGCGGUAUAGUGAGUAGGGGCAGAUCAUUUACUUUUAGUAGAUAGCUCCCUAAUACCGUGGGAAUGAAUAGGAUCGGAGUUUGAUUAAUUCUAAUGAAAUUCCGAUACGAACAAGGUCCCGAAUUGCGUUCUAACACGAAUGUCACUUAUUUAAAGACUUUUUUUUUUUUUUUUUUAUGUUAAUUUUUUUGUGGAAGUAUAAAACUGCAUGAAUGAAGAUUGUUAGAGCCCUUUUCACAUUUAUGCUUCACAAGUAGAUAUUCUGUACUCAUCUGAAUCUUCUGUAAAACACUAAAAAAGAAGUGGUUGAAGGCACAGGUCUUUUGUACUAAAAGUAUGUUAUACCUAAGCAGAAAAAUGGUAGAAGGCACCAUGUAUUCUUGCAAAAUAUAAACCAAUUUAGGUCUUUCAGCCUGUUAGUAGAUAGCUCCCUAAUACCGUGGGAAUUAGGAAGUUAUCUACUAAGCGGCUGCAAGUUGCAGCCGCGGCAAUGAAAAGGAUCAGAGUUUAAUUCAUUCAAAUGAAAUUCCGAUACGAACAAAGUCCCAAAUUGCGUUCUAACACGAAUGAAGAAACUGUUAGAACGCAAUUCGGCAGUUUUGCCUGCGUCCUGUCUAAGUGACCGGAAGCAUCGCGGGAACAGGGAGGAAAGGUAAGGAUUGUGGGAAAAUUGCUGUGACCACCGGAAACGAAGCAUACUUUGCUCCUCCACUGGUCACCGCUAGUCACUGAGUAGGAAACCUCCAGAAGAGAAAUAGUCCCUACUUUUUCUUAAGACAACUAUAGUAGACCGGAAGAAAUUUAGAACAGAUCCUGAAAGAGGGAAAGGUGGAUCAGGGGUAGGGUCGUUUUGUCUUGAUGUUUAUCAGCCAUGUCACUUAUUUAAAGACUUAUAUUAUUUUCAUUUUUUUGUGGAAGUAUAAAACUGAAUUAAUGUAUUGGGAGAAGAAGAUUGUUAGAGACCUUUUCACAUUUAUGCUUCGCAAGUAGAUAUUCUGUACUCAUCUGAAUCUUAUUUAAAACACUAAAAAAGAAGUGGUUGAAGGCACAGGUCUUUUGUACUAAAAGUAUGUUAUACCAGCAGACAAAUGGUUGAAGGCACCAUGUAUUCUUGCAAAAUAUAAACAAAAUAACAUGUUGAACAAGCAUUUUUUUUUUUUUUUUUGCACAUUAGGUAUUUGAGGUUAAAGGACCACUAUAGUGCCAGGAAAACAAACUUUUUUUCAUGCCUCUAUAGUAUUAAUAGGUCCCCCCCCACCCUCAUGGUCCCACUCUCGCUGGGCUGAAGGGGUUAAACACUUUUCCAAUUGUAAGUUCUGGAUAAAGCCAAAUGCAAUUUGUACUGGUUCACAUGAUCUGUGCAUUGAAGGCUUUUCAUUCUUUUCAGGUGUUGCGGCAUAUGUGGGGUGGCAGAGCUCAUCUAUCUUAAAGCCGCUUCUCCAACAAGGUCAAAGUGAUGUUGAAGAGUUUGUGAUCUUUAAAGCUCUUAAUGCUUUGACCUGCAUGUGUCAACUGGGACUCCUUCAGAAGCCACACGUCUAUGAAUUUGCUUGUGACGUUGGUAUGUGUAACAUUUCACCGUUUUGUAUGUUAUGGUUACUGGAAUUGCACUGUUGACAUUUACAUUAUCUGUCUUUAUAAAUACAGUGGGACCUCGGUUUACAAACGCCUCGGUUAACAUGAUUUUCGGUUUACAAAUGAAAAUCCAUUGAAAAUAAUGCCUCGGUUUACAAUUAAUUUUUCGCAAUACAAAGCAAGUUUCCCCAGGAUGCAUUGCACCUUGGAGGUUUAUAGCACUGCGCCCUCCAUGCUGGAGCCUGUGGGUAGCACGUGGCGUCGAGUGUGGAGGUGUUGAAAUGGAUUUUGCAUUGAAUUUUGGAGCCAUUCUGGAAAUUAUUUGCAGUUGUUUUGGGACUUUUUGGUGUAUUUCUCAAGCUGUGGAAAGGUAGGGAGCGGAGCUUCUUCGUUUCCAUGCCUUUUAUUGUGUGUUCUGCAUUGUGGGUUGGUUUCCAUGCUAGCUCAUUUUGACUUUUUUCUGACCUCCAGAACGGAUUAAUUGGCUUUCAAUGCAUUCCUAUGGGAAACCGUGUUUCGGUUUACAAAUUUUUCGCAAUAAGAAACGUCCCGGAGAACGCAUUAAAUUCGUUAACCGAGGUCCCACUGUAUAUUGGUUGCUAUUUUUAUAAUAUUUCAGAAGUCUUAACAUUAUAUGGAUUAUUGCUUUGCAUACUAGAUACAAUCUACACAAUUGCAGAAAUGGCUGACAUAAUCAUAGGACAUAACAUAAAACAUCAGUUUAUUUUGUUUACCACUCAUACUUAAGCCUGUCUGCAUGGAAAAGAACCACAAUAUCACGAUUCAUUCACACCAUGCAGAACCUCUGUGUAUAGCAGGAGUUUUGCUUGGUAGGAGCUGCAGUCUGCUGCACAGUGUUUUGAUUAUAAUCGUCUCUCCUCUUGAGCUGUCACUUUGCAGCCAAGCUGCCCGAGCCAUCCAUUGUCUAGGAUUCCAGAAAGUGGAAGAACAGGUGGAAGAAGUCACCCAGACCUAUAGCACAGAUUUUGGGGCUAAGCUGUUCUUUGAAUGGUCUGAAGGGAUACUUUAGGCAUAAAAGCAAUGUUAUCUUAAACAACUUUAGCAAUUUUCGAGCAGUUUAACACUGAAAUAGUGUCCCUGCCUUCCCAUAUAUCCUCCCGCACUCUGGUGUGGCUGAGGCAGAGAUUACAUACUUCAUUCUGCCAUACCAAUUCAUACCUGAAUGUGCGCUGAUAUUCUAAAAGUGUCACAGCUUACUAUUGUUUCUCCUCCUAAUGCUUCUUCAUGAGCUUGAGCAGCACAGACGGACAGUGAGCUUUUGGGAACGUUUGUAUAACAUUAACAUAUUACAUACGGUUUAAUAAUGAAUGGAGGAUGGUGCCAGGGGACUCUAGACACUGUAACCACUUUAAUGAGAUGCAGCAGUUAGUGUCUACAGUGUUCCUUAAAUGGUCAGAGAACAGAAAGUGCAGAGCUUGGGGAAAUAAAAAAAUUUAGUUAUGGAGUUACAAUGCAAGAAAACAGUUUUAAAGAAUAGUAAAGUUUUAAGGACAGAGUAGUUAUGGAUUCUAUAGAUGGCCAUUUUAUUUAACACUUUUAAGUCACCAUUGAGGAAUGUAUAGUCCAUCUGGUUGGUGUUCUUUGAUCCCAGAGCAGUUUUUCAAGUUUGUUUUCAUGUCCGGUUGGAUGGGGGAGGACGCUCAGGUCCACUGCAGAUUAAUUUGUGGUGUGCUGGCAAGGCAGAAAGCCAUAGCACACUCUAGGGACAGAAAGAGGUGCCACACUGUGUAGUUAAUGUGGAGAGUUAGCAUGGGAGGAAGGAGCUACAUACCAUCUGAUGUUCUGGGUUUUCAGACCGAACACUUGUGCACUUACAUGGGCUUAAUUUCUACUUACAAACUGCGAGGAUGCAAGUGGAUAUUUAUUUAAAUACUUAUUUUAUGUAAACAUUUUCUUGCAAACCUUUUUUUUUAUAUUUUACUAUUUGUUACCACUUAAGCUCUGAAUGUAAUGAAAAAUGAUCACUUACAAUGUAUGGCAAGUACAUUUUUUUUUUUUUCUGUGUUGUAAUCAAAAUUUGACCAAACCUGUAUAGCAAUAGAUGUACCUUUAGAAUUAAAUUAGCAUAUAUGUUUAAAAUAAUGCCACAAAAACUCAGAUUUUUGUAUAUAUUUGUCCUUAUAGCACCUUUUUUGUGCCAUCCAAACUUGUGGAUCCGUUAUGGUGCCGUUGGAUUUAUCACUACAGUUGCACAGCAAUUAAACAUAGCAGAUGUAUACUGUAGACUGAUGCCCUACCUCCAUCAUUUCAUCAUUGAGCCAAUUCUGCAGGUAUGAAACAUGUUCAAUGAACUUUCUUUUCACGUUUUUCUUUUCAAAUCAUCUGAAUUAAUUGCUGAAAUUGCAAAACCGAGGCCAAGAUUGUCAAGUUGUAACCAUGGCUUUCCAGAUCAGCUUAUUUUGCAUCAAUGUAUUUGUUCAUAAAAAAAGAAAGAGUUCAAGUUUUAAAGAGACAUAUAUUUUAGUUUGUAUACCAGCUGUUUCCCCGGGAUGGAUACAUUGAGAUUUCUCUUGUAUCCAAGAAUGUUCUUGAGAGCACUUUCAAAUACAAUGUUGCGCAUUUAAUUGCAAACAUAUAAAACACAGUACAAUUUGAAAUGAACAAAGAGUGCAGUUGCUUUUUGAUUGAAAGUAGAUGAAGACAGAUGUUUCAGAGACUUCACACUGAAAUCAGAUUUAAUAUGCUCUGGUAGGGUUAUAGUUCUCUUUUUUCACUUUUUUCCCCAAGUAAAUCUUAUUGGGAAAUAUAUCUGGGCAAAGUAUGCUUUAGAGGCUCGCAAUACAAAGAACCUUAAAUAGAUCCCCUAUACCAGGGGUAGGCAACCUACGGCACUAGCGCCAUGCACGGCACUCAAGGUGUCUUUGCACGGCACUCAAGGCUGCUACAGUCAAACAGGCUCUGGCCUAUCAGGAGUCCCAGUGAAACUUCAAAUAUCUGCUAAUACGAAAAGGUGGUGAAGGACAAUCCUCAAUUUAUGCAUUGCAGCACAUAGAGUAAGUGAUUUCAGAUUACUUCCUCCCAGCACUUGUGAAUGGGAAUCCACACUGUAGUAGAGCAACCUGCAGCUGCUGUUACUGCUCCUGUCUUUGACCUGUACCUGGCCAGCCUGGUCCCCACUGGAACCCAGGGAAGCCACCCACAGUGCUAGAUAUACACAGAAAUGCAGAAUAACCCUCCCCCUCAUACAAAUAAUACGAACAGCCCACACACACACACAUACACACACUCCGCACAAACAUAACCCGCUAACAAUCCACAUACAUGCACACAACCCCACAUGCAGCCUCUCAAUGCAAUACCCCAAACAGCCCCAUACAUACACACACCACCAAACACACAAUGUGAUAUAUCCAUUCACACACACAAUUCCACAAGCAGCCCCCAUACACAGCCCACAUUCAUUUGUAUCAUACAUGAUACCACAAACUACUAAUGAACAUAUACAAUAUGAUAGCUCAUAUAUGCACAAAUACAAAAAUACAAAGCAAUUACAGUGUAAAUAACACAAGCAGAAUAUGGCAGCAUACACACCUCAAUUUAAAAAAACAGGACCGGCACGCUACGGGACAUCACAAUCCUAUAUCGGCACAGUACUGCUAAAAGAUUGCCUACCCCUGCCCUAUACCUUCCCCACUUUGCCUUUUGAAGGCUUUUCACUUCAUAUCAGUAAAGUCUGACAGCCACUCAUUCGGUGGCACAUCCUUGGAGUGCUAAGAAGUGUUCAGUGUAAAAUAGUUCAGCCCUAAAACAGUAUCCAGGGCUCGACAAAUCCUGGUCGUCAUGGCGACUAAAUAUUUUGUCCUAGCAUCUGGGAUUGGUCAGCCGGCUCCCUCCUCCUUCUGUCUCAAUCCCCGUGCAGGGAAAUUGCAAUCUUAACUGGCAGGAUACCAGGUAAACACAGCUCUGCUCCCCGCACUCCUCCCGACCCCAUUCUCGACUCUGCUACCCGCCCACAUGCCGUCCCCAUGCCACAUACCUGACCCUGCUCCCCGUAUGCCUCCCGCAAAGCCGAUGGAAUACCGGCAACUAGUCCUUUCUCCUGCGUGACUUCCGCGCUGGGAGGAAGUUAUUACAGUUCCCUUGACUUCCUCACGGCACACAGAGAGAGCUGUUGUGACAGUGAGGAGGUGAAAGGAGAGAGUCUGGAACAGCCGCUGCCCAGUCCCAUCAGCCGCAGCCAACCCCACUAACCUGUAACUUGCUGCUGUCUAAUCCCACUAGAUACCAGGGAAGCCACCCUCCGGAGCUCAAAAGGUAGGAAACAGGAGGGUGACUAAAAAAAUAUGUAUUUUAAAAAAAAUUUAAAUUAAAAAAAAAUCUGUGCAUCUGUCAUGUGUAUGUCUCUGUGUAUUUGUCUGUGUGUAUGUAUGAAUAUUUGUGUGUGUAUAUAUUUGAGUGUAUUAAUAGUACUUUGUGAGUGUGUCUGAAUGUCUGUCAGUGUGUGUGUGCGUGUGCGUGCCUGACUGUCUCUUUCACUGUGCAUGUGUCUGACCAUCUCAGUGUGUGUGUCUCUGUCUGUGUGUGCGUCAGUCCAGGUGUCUAUCAAUGAAUGUGUAUGUUUAGGUCACCAGCCUCCUCCAAUCGCAUGGGAAUUAUGUUUUUACUCAUCUUGAUACCAGCGCCAUGCCAGUCUCGCCAGAGCUGGCCCGCCUCCAUAACUGAGAUCAUCAAUUGCCAGUCAGCAUUUCCUCAUAGAGAUGCAUUAAAUCAGUUAAAAGCAUUUCUAUGAGGAACAUGCAGCGCCUCCAUGCACAGCGUGGAAAUGCUGAAUGUAGGUGCUGCACAUUGUGCAGCACUGAGAUAGGUGACACUUCAGUGGCCAUCUGAGUGACAGCCUCUAGAGGUGUUACUUGGCAGCAAUGUAAACACUGCCUUUUCAUUGAAAAGGCGGUUUUUACAUUGAAAAGUCUGCAGGGACAGGCUUCUAGACACCAGAACCACGGCAUUAAGCUGUAGGGGCUCUGGUGACUAUAGUGUUCCUUUAAGAAUUGUAUUUUUGUCGUUAGAGGAAAAAAUGGCUCCUAAAUUGAAAGCAAAUUUGUCAAGUCCUGGUUUAAUCACAUCUGAUUUAUCAGAUAGAGAAGGAAGUUGUCCUGCUGAGUGUGUUGAAAGAGCCUGUGAACCGCUCUAUAUUUGAUUAUGCAUUAAGAGCAAAAGACAUCGCAAGCCUCUUCAGACACCUUCAGAUGCGCCAGAAGAAGAGACAUGGGACUCUCCAAGAAUGCCCACCUCCCGAUGAUCCAGCAAUUGCUCAGCUUUUGAAAAAGCUCUUAUCACAGGUACAACAUUAAAUGUUAGUAAUAAACAUGCUUAGUUUAAUGCAGCUACAGUCUUUGUUAAUUGUUUACAUAUUUUGGCAGAAUAUCUUUAGUUAAAGAAAUCCUUUUAAAACAAGAAUGAAUUUUUUUUUUUUUUGCGUAUUAGGCAUGAACACAUUGUGCCUAAGGUGCCUGUCAUGCAGUGGGUGGUCUGUAACUUUGGUGGGUGCAGAAACACUCUUAACACUCUUGUGGGAAUGGAAUGCUCCUAUCCUUAACCUCGAUCAUUGUUACUAAAAUAACCCUGUCCUAUGUAAUCUGCAUUUGAGACAUAUACACAAUGAUUGCAUGCAAUAGAAGAGUUAUUUAGUGUGUUGACAUGCUUAUAAUAUGUACACAAUAUGUGAAGUAUAGUUGCAGUCAAUAUAACAAUUCUGGUGUUCUAUUAAUGGCUCACUAUGUGCUUAUUUAUGUUUUCAUCCAAGGGGAUGACAGAAGAAGAAGAAGAUAAGCUUUUAGCACUAAAAGACUUUAUGUUAAAGUCCAACAGAGCCAAAGCAAGUUUAGCAGAACAGAGCCAUCUCUAUGAAAGUGCUAAUAAAGGUGUGAUCGACUUGCCAUCUUUAGGUCUAAGCGGUAGACAAGCUGAUCUUGUUAAAACGAAACUGGACACAGAAGACAAACGCUGUACGUGAUUAUAGCAUUUCAAAUAAUUAGGACACACAGUGAUUUUGCAUAUUUGUAUUUGGAAUAGAGGAAGAAUAUUGCAAUAUGGAAGUGUGGGAGAGCAGACUUAAAGCUGCAGCAAAUUUUGAAAAGUGCAGAGAUUGUUGUGGUGGUUAGUGUCCUUUUAAUCAGAUACAGAGAGAAUAUGAAUAUUGCAAGAAAUUGGGCAUUAUUAUUAUUAGAAUGUUCCUAAAGGUGCUAAUGCAUGAAAAAAAUAGAUGAAUACAUUUAAAGUUUCCUUCAAUGUACUGUAUAAUAGUUUGCUUGCAGCUGCAAAAAGACUCUUAUUUCAUACCAGCCCAGCAGGCAUGUAUGGGGUUAAAUAGUUUAUCCCCCCCAGAGUGUUAUGUUCGCGUAUAAUACAUUUACAAAUCGUAUUUAGCUAUCUGUCUGGAAGUUAAUGAUCAGAACAAUGUGUUAAAAAUAAGUUCUGCUGCUUUUUUUUUUAAAGCUCGGAAACAUGUUAAGCAAGAUUCCAAUGUGAAUGAAGAGUGGAGAAGCAUGUUUGGAGCAAUGGAACCGUCCAAUGUGAACCCGGCAGCAGCAGCACCUAGAGCCUUGCCACCUGCUGAGCAGGAAUCUGGAAAGCCUCUUCACACAGAAUCGUCUGCUGCCCUUUCGGCUCCUUUAUCGUCCUCACCACAGGUAUAUCAGAUGAUGAAAGCAAAAACACCUGGAAACUUUUACUAGAGCACUUGCCAAGUUACAAUUUCUGUGUCAAAUAAAAUUGUACAUGGCCUGGACAGGUACAAAUGUGGUGUUGGGACUAGUUAAAUAACAGUGAGUGUGCAACCUACAUUUGGCUGUCUAGGCAUGAUUCAGUCUUGCAAAUUUAUAUAUCUCUGUUGCUAUUUGAUCACAAAUUAUUUCCAAUGAGCCUAGGACAAUAAUAGCAUAUUUACUAUGAAUUUGACAUUUGUUAACAUCCUAAUGACCAGUGACAAAAUGUAUCUAACCCCAUGUCAAGAUUAAUAUAAAUCAUAAGUUGUCAAGAAAGAUUUAAAAUUGAUUGAUAUCCUAUAACUUGCAGAUCCAUGCAGCAUUUUCUCUCCAAACCAUGAAGUAGUUCAGCCAACCCUAAUGUACCAUAUAGCAGGGGCUUCUUGAUGUUUUUCUUUAUAUGUCUGCUUUCAAGUGUAUAAAAUCUGACUGCUGACCACAACUCCCAUAAACAUUCAAUUGUUUUUUGUUUUUUUUUUGGGUGGACAUUUUGCCGUGGACGUUUAGUUGUAUGUUUAUACUUUUGUUUUCAUUUUGUUGAAUAGGCAACAGAAGGAAUGGUAACCCAGUCAAGGAGGCCCACCAUGCAAAUCUAUACCAGCACAUUUGCUCCUGCAGCAUUCCAACGCAUGGCUCAAUGUAAAAGUGAACUCCAGCAGCUCAUACAGCAGAAGAGGGAGCAAUGCAAUGCAGAAAGAUUAGCCAAAUAUAUGAUGGAGACUGCUGAAUGGGAGAGCAAACCACCACCUACAGGUACACUUUUGUACAAUUUAUGUUAAUUUACACUGUAUUGGCUGUCUCAUCUAUUCUGAUCAGUUUUUCAAACUCAUUAAAGGGACGAUGCAUCGCCCAAAUACAAAAUACAUUUUAAAAAAUCACUUUUUAGUAGAUAUACCCCUAUCGAAAACGUGCAUACAUUUAAUUAUGCAUUUUCCAUUGGGGUAUAUCUAAAAACAGCUUGCAAAACCUACUGUUCUCAUGUCUGUAGCCUUUGCAUGCCCUCCCCUUCUGACCCUGCCCAAACUUUAUAUGGCUGUCCAAUCACAGACAAUCCAAUGCAGCUCAAUGAAAUGUCUUUGCAGGACAGGUGCUCUGGGCAAUUGCUGCCUUUUGAGUUUAUCUUUACUAAGCUAACCAAACCAGGAAGUGCUAAGACCUGUUGUUUCCUUGAAAGCCAGGUUGUUGUAACCAGUUUAAUUUGUCAAAGCAUCAGUUUCUUUUAAAAUCUGCACUUUCUGCAAAAUGAAAAGAUAGGACACACUCUUCACACAUAAAGCUUUUCAGCAAGCUAAAGUGUUUUAGGGUUUUGAGGUCUUCCUUUAGAAUUCAUACACAUGGCUUUCUGGAACCUGACCGAGUAAGGUAAGGUGUCAAACAAUUCCUUAACAAUUUGACUGCUUAACCUGGUAUGACAUUAGAAGACUCGUCGCACCUAAACGGUUACAAUGCACUACAUUGGGUAAAGUGCUCAUGGUAUGCCUCUUACAAAGGAAAGUUAAAUAAAAGUAUAUAUGCUUUCACAAAGCUGUUUCAUAGUUAUUUGUUUCUCUUUUCAGGGUGGCAUCCUAAGGGUCUGUUGGUGGCACAUCUGCAUGAACAUAAAGGUCCAGUAAACCGAAUAAGAGUCUCAGAUGAGCAUUCUAUUUUUGCCACUUGCUCCAAUGAUGGAACUGUAAAAAUCUGGAAUAGCCAAAAAAUGGAAGGAAAGACAACAACAACAAGGUGCAAACAUUUAUAUGAUUGACUCAAAUAUUUGCUGAUGUUUAAAAUCUGACUGUGAAAUGUGUGUUCUGUGAAGAGAUUUAGUUUAUUUUCCUUCAUUAUAGUUUAUCAUGUCAUAAUGUGAUGUUUUUACUAACCUAGAAUAUGCUCUGGACGAAUCUAGAACUAUUCUUGAAUUGUGUAUUUAUAAAUAGGCAUUGCAAAAUAAAAACAUUAUUUACAUUAUUCAUCCAUUACCCCUUAAGGACUUAGGUUUUUUUCAGAUGCUAUGCAAACACCCCAUAUUUGUAUUCUCUACAAUCAUACCCCAUAUGUAUACAUUUCCCCUAAUUCUAUUACCAAUGAUGUUCCUAAUCCAACCUCUAAUCCUGGGGGGCUUUAAAUUUACUGUGACAGUGCGAUCGCAGAAUAUUGUAAAUUAAUUUUAUAGGGCUAUGAGCAGCGCUCACUUUAAGCUCUGCAUAUAGCUCAUCUAUCAGUCUGGGGCCUCUAACUGUAUCUUUAAAAACAUGAGGGAGGGGUCCUUGGUAAGAGCAGGGAUUUAAAGGGUUUUAUCCCUACUGCUUUACUGUACCUUUACUGCUUAAAGCCCUGCACUGCAUAUACCAUCGUGCUGUCCUUAAGCCUAUUUUUAUUAAUUUAAAACACACAUAAAAAACCCUAGUUGGAAAAUAUGUAAGUGAUGACCGUUUCUCAAAAUGCUUUUUUUCAAAAAUACAGACUCUGAAAAUUUUACUAUGUAAGUUAUUUGCUAAAGCUCACCUUUUUGUAUUUGCAUUGUAGAUCAAUUAUAACGUAUUCUCGCAUCGGGGGACGUAUUAAGACAAUGGCUUUUUGCCAGGGAUCACAUUAUUUAGCUGUGGCUUCAGAUAAUGGUAACAUCCAGCUUCUUUCUAUUGAAGCAUCUAAACCUCCUAAAUCUCCAAAAAUCCAUCAGCUCCAAAGCAGGUAUUUUUUUUUCCCUGCUCAACGUGAUUUUGUGCAUGUACAAUUUUGUUAACUUCUUGUUUAGCUUUAACAUAAGGUGUCAGAUUUCCACCAUUCUCAAACUUUGAACAGGGUAAAGCCAUAGAAUUGGCAGGGCAGUAUCACUUUACCGUGUUCAUAGCUAUUUCAGGACAAAGUUGAUUGUCAGCUUGGCCACUGAAGUAGUUUAGAACAUGCAAGAAAACAAUGCUUCUAAAGACGAAAUGAUUUGUUACCGUGGCAACCACUGACACAAUGCACUAAAACAGUUUUCAGUCAUUUAAUCCAUUGUUCAUAUUCUAUCAACAGAUUAAAUAAUUUUAAAGGUUUUUCAUCCUUUAGUACUAAAUCUCAUAAGUAGCAAGCAUCAGAGAUGGGUAAUUCUUUGGAGACAUAUGUAGAUACAAGAUGUUUAGAUACAGAGUUAGAAAAUAGUAUUAAGCUCUUGUGUGUAAAGUUUGUGAUAUUGCUUCGGGGAACACUCUUCCCUUAGUACAUUUGUCACAUCUUCAAUUAAGAGUAAUCUAGUUGUACACACUGACCUGUUCUCAGUCAAAAACAGGGACUGACUAGUUACUGGCUGAUCUGCAUGGAAAUGGUACAAAAAGUCAACACAUAGCUAAGGAGGAAAUGACACAUACCAAUUUCUAAGAGAAUAUAAAAUGCAGUAGACAUCUCAUUUAUUGGAACAAAGUGAAUGCUAAUUGUGACCGUGCAAAAAAUAGUGAUCUAAUGAUCCUGUUGUCAGUCACAGACAGAAAUGGGGCUAACCGUGGCAAGUUAUUGAUAGAAAAGAGGUAUAAGUGUCAGGAAAGGAUAAUUAAUCAUUACUCAUAAAGAAUAAUUAAUAAUUACUACUAAAUUCAUCUCUCUAAAAGACCAAUGCAAACAUGUUCUAUUGUCUCUAAAUUAUUGUUAAAGAAUUGUAGAAUGUUAGAGUAAUCUAGUUGUAGACCUCUUGCUGUCUCUAUCAGCUACAGCUCAUGGAUGAAGCCCAGUUAAAUUUGAAAUGAUCACUGGAUUAGCUAGUAUUUUUGUAUGUAGAAUUCCGUUUUGAGUAAGGAUCAGUGUGAUAUACAGAUUGUAUAGGUUCCCUCUGCAGUAUCAGAAAAAAAAACCUAAAACUUGUAAGAGACUUGAACUUGGACUAAACAAAUGAUAAGCUACUGUGAUCCUGCCUUUUUCUCUGUUAUAAAUUCAUUUUUUUUUACUUCUUAUAUUUAGACUCAAUAACAAAAUACCCAAAACUCCCUCAACAGAAACCAAACUAGUGACCAUUCAGUGUUUCGAGAUAUGUGUUAUGCAACUGCCCUGACACACACUGACCUCUGUUCUCAGUCAAAAACAGGGACUGACUAGUUACUGGCUGAUCUGCAUGGAAAUGGUACAAAAAGUCAACACAUAGCUAAGGGGGAAAUGACACAUACCAAUUUCUGAGAGAAUAUAAAAUGCAGUAGACAUCUCAUUUAUUGGAACAAAGUGAAUGCUAAUUGUGACCGUGCAAAAAAUAAAGUGAUCUAAUGAUCCUGUUGUCAGUCACAGACAGAAAUGGGGCUAACCCUGCCAAGUUAUUGAUAGAAAAGAGGUAUAAGUGUCAGGAAAGGAUAAUUAAUCAUUACUAAUAAAGAAUAAUUAAUAAUUACUACUAAAUUCAUCUCUCUAAAAGACCAAUGCAGACACCAUCUAUUGUCUCUAAAUGAUUGUUAAAGAAUUGUAGAAUGUUAGACUUUACUACAGUAGUCAAGGCUAGCUGUAGAACGACACCUUGAUUCUCGGGGCCGAGUAUAAAAUCUGUAUCCCAUCUCAUAAAGAAGAUUUCUCUGCAAUGGAAACCUUAAUGGUUUGCCUUACUAGCAGACACAUCACAAGUCUCUACUCAUGUUGUAGGAAAGGGAAGUAGUAAAGCAGGACAAAUUUCACUAUAACACCUCUAAAACAAUGCUACCUGACACCGAUCUACUUUUCACUAGUAAUGCGGCUGUUUAGGAUUCUUAUGUCAGCCACUCAUGGCUGACUGAGUCCUGUGAAUGGCAUUCCAGUGUUCUCUGAAAGUAGCCAGAGAAGUCUUUUAAUUUUUUAAUAUUUAAUUUUAUAUAUCAGUGGAAAAACCAGUUGAGUAUGCAUGUUAAACUAGGCAAGUUAUUUUACCAAGAGUUUAACAAACAUCACAGUUCUUCACAUUACUCUUUUAGCAAAAUGCAGUCAACAACUGACAGUAAAACGGAUUACCAAUACUUUUCUAAUUCUUUAUUUUCAUACUCUAUAUCAAAAUAAUGUAUUCCAUAGUUUUUUCUUUCUCCUUGUUAUCCAAAUGUAAUGUAGUAAAUUUACUGCCAUACUAGUACAUAGCUGUUAAACAACUGUUUUUAGGUUGUUUUUAUUUGUUGCCUUAACUUGUUAUUGAACAAAUUUUCAACUGAAUACUAUUCUGGUAACACCUAUAUAGAAGCUUGGAUUUGAAGCAAGAUGGCUGUGUGAUGGAUAUGCAUCAAUUUAAUGCUGGAUCACAGUCUGUAUUAGCCUACGCUACUGUGAAUGGCUCACUGGUUGGUUGGGAUCUGAGAUCCUCCUCGAAUGCCUGGACUCUAAAGCACGAUCUGAGGUUAGGACUGAUAACGUCAUUUGCCGUGGAUAUACAUCAGUGCUGGCUCUGUAUAGGUAAGGCUGAAUUUGCAGUAGUAGCUGAAUAGUAGUAUUCUGUGGGAUCGUUAUAAAGCUGCUUUUUUAUUUUACAUUUCAUCAAUCAUUACUUCGAUUUUCGCAUCCUGGUUAAAAACUUUGUUACUAUUAGAUAAGGAUGCAUUGACUAUAUUUAUAAUUUGGAGUUUGUUAAGGAAGCUUACUCAAUGGUAUAGCAAAAUCAUGGAAAAUAAUUUUUCUGACGUGACCUGUUCCAUGGCUUAUUAGUUUGCAUUGCAAUGUAAACUAUUUUUAAUUUAGGUUGCAUUUUUGAUAUUUAUGUAUGUGAAAUAUAUAUAUAUAUUUAUGUUCCUAUUACGUUUAAGGUACUAGCAGUGGAACCAUGGCUUGCUGGGAUAUGAGGUUUCAGUUACCAAUAUCCAGUCACACUCACCCUGCCCGUUCCCGCAUUCGACGGGUUUUGAUGCAUCCUCUCAGCAUGCAUACAAUGUAUCAGUCGUGGGUCAUAGCAGGUAAGCAGAAUAAUAUCGUGAAAAUUACUACUCUUCUUAUGUUUAAAGGAACAGUCCAAAGUUAUUGGAGUGCUCCUCUUUAUUAGAUUAUAGGACUUUUGAAAGGAUCAUCUUCCAAUUGAUUUGUGUUCCAUCAUAGAUCAGAAGGUUAUACUAGAGGUCAGCUGUCUUGCCCUAAACUUCAAAAUUAAUUUAGAAUUUUCUUUUAAUUCCAAGCAAUUCCUGCUUUAGUAAAUAACCCUUAAGGAGUAGAGGGUUUUUAGAAUGUCGUGUCUGCAUAGACCAUUUCUGAUGUCAGAACCACUUUAAUUUUAAAAACAAAAAUAUGACAAAGACUCUUUUAAAUGUGCAAACAGUAUUUCUUUUUCCCCCUUUACGUUGUAAAUUGCGGCUGAUACCCUUCUUUGUUCAUUUCAGACUUCAAAAUUCCCAAAGCACUUUUUGAAAAACUAAAAAACAAGCGUAUUUUGACAGCUCUACUUUUAAUAAAAAUUUACUUUUUUCUUACUCAUCUCAUAUGGGAAAAGACUGUCCGCAAAUAUACUGUAAUUCAAACAUAUGUUAAUAAUUAUUUGGCAUCCAUGCUUAUUGGCUUACAUAUCCUAACUAUAAUUUGCUGUUGGCAAAAGCCUACAUUCAAUUGAGGUCAAGCUUAACAUUGUUUUACUUGAGUAAAUUGUCAAUGUGAUGCAUUGUCUGUGUGUUUUAUUUUAUAUUGAUGUUAAGAAAGGCAUUUUUUAUGCUUACAUAAUAUUGCAAAAGAAAUGCAUUUACAAAAAUUUUCACAAAUAAUUUCCAAGACCUAAAAACAUACCUAUCGUUUGCUGCAUAACUAGCAUCUUUUGUUUUGUUUUUUGUUUAGCACUUACUUCCUUUGUUGGUGCUGCACAUUGACUGACUAAAAGAACACUCUGCUGAUUUUUUAACUGCUUAGUUGAUAUACCCCAUAAGAAAACAUGCAUGCAUUUUUUUCUUUGGGAAUAUGAAAAUACAACUUGCGGGGACGGAGCCAAACAAGCAAGACCCAUAAAGCUGCAGCUCCGUGCCUCUACUUUACCAAACUUAAUAUCCCAGUGUUUUCAGCCAAGAUACCGGGGUCUGAAGCAGCAGCCCAGAGGUCAAAGGCUAUGGGGAAGAAAAAUAAGAAGCAGCCAGCAGAUCCAGGCUCAGGCUCCAGAGAUACCGGAGCCUUUAUGCGUUCGGUCGCGCGGCCUGAGCCUUCCAAGAUGGUGCCGGCAGAGGCCUACUAUUCACAGACAUCGCACGACGAAAGCCUCUUUGCAGACCUGCCAACUCUCCCGAAGGUACAAACAGUGGUACAGAUGUCUCAAGAGAUGGGUGACUCUGCACCAUCCACCAAGGCUGACAUAAAAGCUUUGAUACUGAACAUUAGAGCCAUGUUCCAGGAUGAUAUGUCAAAGGUCAGAGAGGAAGUUUCAGCCCUUGCUAACCUUAUUGUCACAGUGGAGAAAGAUGUUGGGGACACCAGGCUAGCGCAAACGGCAACCGAUGCUGUACUUAGCGCACUACAAACACGCUGCACUGAUCUGACAGUGCAAAUGGCUAAUAUGGAAGAUAAAGUUAAAGCACACAAUAUGCAAAUACACGGCAUACCUGAGGCUAUCACCAAUGCAAAACUCCCACACUACUUCAGAAGGCUCAUCGUCACGUUGUUGACAUCUAAGCAAAACAAGCUACUAGUGAACGAUUCCUGCUUUUGCCUUCCUAAAGUCGCUAACGUGCCUCAGGGUACUGUUCAAGAUGUGCUACUCAAACUUGCACGAGAUUCUGAUAGGGGAAUCCUCAUGGGAGACCUCUCCAGGCAAACACUGACAUGGCAUAGGUCCUUUUGAAAAGUCACACAACUACUGAGAGAAAACGCCAUUCCAUACAAAUGGGGACCACACCGUCUCACGGUUGACAAAGCUGGCAAGCCACACCACCUGUCACACCUAUCUGAAGUUCCUGAUUUUCUCCAAGCACUGGAUCUAUUGGCGAUGCCAGUCUUAUCGGCGGCACGACCCACCUGGUCGGUGGAGGGAAUUACUCCUUUCAUACCCCAACUAGCUGUAUCUGUUACAGUUGAUUUACAUACCUGAAAGGAGUGACUGCCAACGUAUGUCUCUCAUUUACAUGUUUUACUCAUUUUAUGUUAUGUUAGUUUAAUAUUGUUCGAAACCACAACACCCUAUGUAGUGUUCCAGCUUAGGUUCCCCUGGGGCAUACUCAGCCUUUACCUGCACCCUCUGUUUAUAGUUACGCCUCACCUGGUCCAGCAAUAGGGGAUUGUAUAGCAAUAAAACUUAAAAUUGGGUCGAAUAUGCCCAUGUGUUGCAGUCACAGUUGUUUAUAUUAUAUUUUGAUAUGCACCUCAUUCAAUGUCUUCACAUGCUGUAUAUUUGUCAAAAUGAUGACCUGCAAAAAGAGAGCAUAUAAAAAAAAAAAAUACAACUUGCAAAGCAGCAGACCUGCUCUUUUGCAAAUCCUCCCCAUCUUUCCCCUCUUUCAAUGAGAAGCUUCAGUGCUGAAAUUGCAAGUACACAUGAUUGCUGCUUUCCAAUGUGUCCUAAUGAUCUGUCAUUAAGCUCAUUAAGAUGGUUAAUGGAACACUAUAGGGUCAGGAACACAAACAUUGCCCUAUCGUGUUAAAAUAAUUAUCCAGCCCUCCCUGGCUGCCACUUAUCCCUCUAAAUAUAGCAAAAUCUUACCUUUAUUGCAGUCUACUGCUGUUGGCUCUGCCCCUGAUCUGCCUGCUUGGCUGACAUCAUCAGAAGUGGUGUUCUGAGCCAAUCACAAUGCUUUCACAUUGGAUUGACUGAGCUUGUCAAGCAGGCAGUUCAGGGGCAGAGCCAGCACUAGCCAAACACAGCCCUGGCCUAUGAGCAUCUCCUCAUAGAGAUGCAUUGUAUUGAUGCAUUGAAUCAAUGCAUCUCUAUGUGGAAAGUUUAGUUUCUCUAUUCAGAGGGUGGAUAAACUGAAUUUCAGUGAUGCACACUGUGCAGCACUGUCCCAGGAAGCACCUCUAGUAGCUGUCUGAGGAGUGGCCAGUGGAUGUAUCCCUAGGCUGAAAUGUAAACACUGCAUUUUCUCUGAAAAGACUGAUUACUGUAAAAAGCCUGAAGGGAAUGAGUAUGCUCACCAGAACAAACACAAUAAGCUGUAGUUGUUCUGGUGACACUAGUGUCCCUUUAUGGAAGGUGUGCAUUCUGAUUGAUAGCAGUGAUGGAAUUUUGGCAAAGUUAUAUAAAAGUGCAGAUUUCUUUUGGAAUUGUCACUUUUACGAGCUGUCAAAAAUGACAUACUCAAAGACACAUAAAGCACUUCAGCAAACUGGAGUGUUCAUUUAAAUGCUUUCAGGCAAAACUUCAAUCCAAAGCUUCUUACAGAAAUGUGUUGUUUUUAUUGAGAAAGAAAGAACUAAAAAUUUUUUUAACUGUAGGGCUGUUCUAGUCCUGUUCCUAUUCCUCCCUCCAUAUACAUUGGUGAAUUGACAUAUAUAAAGCUGUGGUGAACUAAAAUUCUUAUCAAACUAAGCCAACCACUGGGUGAAGUUGAUUGCCGUUUUCCUACAUCAGACAUAUUUUAACUCCCACCAUCCACAGCCUGAAUCUCACUGAGCAUUUCCAGGAGUUGUAGUCUAGCAGGGCAAGCAACUUCUUGUUUUGAAUAUGACACACUCCCAACAGAGUGGCCUGUUUUUGUAUUUUAAAUAUUCAAUACUAUAUUUAUAGGUAGACCAGAGUUCAACAAUUUAUGUUGUUGCUUUUUUAUGUUUUGUUUUAUUUUAAUCAGGAAGAUAGAGAAGCUUUGGCACUAUGUGUGUAGAUCGCCCAGUAAUUAGGGGUUAGGAUACAGUGUGUGCUGACACCAAAGCAAAUGUUGCAGAAAACUGAUGUUGCCAACCAGGAAAAGCGUAUUCCAGCUGGCUGAUAGACAGCCCAGGGAUGCAGCUGUACAAACAGAAAAAGUAUUUAUCUACAGAUUUAAAUAUUUUUUUUAAAUAAAUAUUUUAAGGAUGGGGGUGUUAUUUAUAAAUUUGUUAUGAUGUAAAACACAUAAAAAAAAAAAAGUCCAUUAUGUGUGUGAUGUCUGUCAUUGUGAGAAGUGACAUUCAGGGUUAAGUGAAAAUUGCUGCGACUUCAAAGUGAAAUGUAAGGCCAACAAUAGCCAAACUAAAAAAAGAAUUGACUGGAAUAAUUUUUUCUAAUUUGUCUCUUUUGACCUAAAAUUAGAAAUUCUCAUUGAAUUCACUUUGAAUUCUCAGAAGCUCUCAUUUGAGUAAAUAACUCUGUGAUCCGGAGUCUGCAUGCUGAUGCUGUCAGAUUGCUCUUAGCAGGAGAAUAUGCCAAUUUUUUUUCAAACAUAUUGGCAAUUUUGUUUCAAGUGUAUUAUAAAAAACAUUUGUGGGGCGGGGCCUGACAGCCAAGAUGGCCAGUCGCACAUUCUAAGAGCUCCUGCAAUAACGGGCAAAAGAAUGCUGAUACUGAGCGACCCACUAGCGACAGCAGCAAACGGUGUCCGGGAACAAACUAAAGACGACAUGAGCAACAAAUUGACACCUGCCCGGCACCGGAGCACUGUGGAAAAGACUGAGAAAUUGACACCUCCCGGCACGGGACGAGCUCACAAGCGAGAGUACAAUACAGCUCUGCUACCCCCCCUCUGGACCGGCGGGUGUCAUCCCGGUCCUCGCUGGGGACGAAUACCCCCGCAUUAAUGCCUGCCCAAGCGCUAAAAUCCACGGCCAAACGGGACCGCCAGGGCCUAGCCAAGAUGGCGGCACAGACGCAGCCCAGGACAAAGCACGCACUUACUCAGCCACCCAAGCACACGCUGGAGUUCUUCGACCGGCUUUGCACCUACCUCUGGACGCAGUUCAAUGCCCGGAGACAGCUCUACAGGCUGGCUGUGAGAAAGGUGGUGGCGUGGAUCCGCCCCGCUACCCGGCGCGGCCUGCGGGGGAAUCCCCAUCGUGUCUCCAGAGCAGCCUCUCGAUCGAAACGUCGACGGGGAUCGGCGAGGCGGGACACUGCACCAUGAUCCCCGGACAGCAACACUCACACUAUCAUGCAUCAGGGCAGGACCCGCCAGCGUCCCUGACCUGCCUACCACUCAGCGUUCUCAGCAACAGUCAACCAAUACAGCGCAACCCAGCACAAAAGAAGCCUAAACACCUACUGCGACACUAUCCACGAUGCAGCAGGACCGUCGACCGACGGACGAUACCGGCAGAGAGCCUAUCCACCGCCAACCGGGGAAGGGGUCCCGGGGAGGCAUCUGUCCUGCCGCGCAAGCAAAUUCACCAUCACCUCACCAAGCGAGCGUGCCGCCCUCGGACAGGUCACCCCCAUGCUGGACAGGUUUGUACACCCGGUGGGCAUAGGCUGAAAGAGUCAACUUGAAAAGCUCCAGCCUCUACAUUAUGCACCUUACGGGACAUUCUUACCACUGGCAACAACCUACAGCCCAUAUAUUCACCUCGCAGCAUAUGUCCUUACUGAACUAUGACCAACAUAACUCAUCUUGUAUUACUCAGACCUGCCUGUUAGUAGCUUCACUCAGCAUGUUUAGCCAUCUACCUGAUCAUUUACCCUCUUGCUUUAUGCAACUAUAUAUGUAAGUGCUUCACCAGAGAUUGGCACUGAGCAGUCCCAAUGGCGUUACCUACCUUAACCUUACACAACAUGCUAACACAUAUGCCAUGGGAAAGCCAAGCAGGACAAGACCGUACAGCCUAUAACAAACAAGCUCAACACACAUCAUAACCUUGAAGCACAUAAGCUUGUCAGUACACUAUACCAACACUAACAUAGCUAAUCUAGCAUUGUUAAGCAUUAAUUGUUUUUCACUCUUUUCACCUGUUUCAAUUACUUUUACUCUGGCAAUAUAACCUUUUAGUUAAGCUAGAUAAAAAUCUAGAAAAAUGUGCGAAUUUUCAUGCCACUGUCUAACGUGUGUCAAUCUUGCAAUACGCUGUUGUGGCCUCUGUUGAUACCCUGUAAACACCUGCACAACAAAAAUAAAGAAUUUUAAAAAAAAUUUUAAAUUUUUUGUUUUUGUUUUAUUAAAACAAAAUAGUGCUCCCCCCAGAAAGCAGUAAGUAGAUUGAAACACUUGUUCUAUAUGUUCGGUAAUAAGCUUAUAAAACAAAUUUAUUUGUGGAAAGGGGAAGCUAGACUGUUCUCCUCCGUUAUUGGUGGGUCUAGAGAAACCAAGCUCAUUUGCUUUUGUUUUCAGGAGCUAUCCCUGGGAUCUUAUACGUGAGGCAUUAAAGGUUUACCACCACCACUUUUAUCUUUAGAAGUGGUCACCGUAGUAGGAGUCUGUACUGUACUGUGGUAGUCGCACUUUUAUGCUGGGCGCUAGUUUCACCCUCGGCACACAUGGCUUAGGCAUGUGCUCUGAGCCGGUGAAAAAUCCAAUCAAAUGUCUCUCUGUGAGAUGCAUUAUAUUGGACCACCACCAGGCACCACUGAAUUUAUAUGGGGAUUCCAGGUCAGUUUAACUAUUCAUUUUUAGAUUGGGGGGGGGGGUUUACUAUAAAAUAAACAAUAGUAUUUUAUAUAUAAAGUAAUCCUUAUAGAGCGAGAAUUUGGCACGCAGUGUGUCAAAACUCAAAAAAAAAAAAUCAGGUUUGGUUUUACAGGAGACGGUUUGUUUAUUUUUGGUUUUGUGGAAAGGUUUACCAUGAUACAGAUCAAGGAGACACACACACACACCACUUUUGUUUUUAACAUUAUUGUGAACCUCAUAACACUGUGCAUGUAUGUACUGUGUAUGAACCAGUGACAACAUAUGAUUCAUGUCUUGUUUCACUUCCAGCUGUUGAAGGAAACAAUGAAGUGUCCAUGUGGGAUAUGGAGACAGGAGACCGACGUUUCACUUUAUGGGCUAGUAAUGCUCCUCCACUCUCAGAAAGGCAGGUAUGUAUUUUCCUUAAUAGGAGCACAUCACUGGCAGGAUAUUUGUAGUGUUCUGUUGCUAAUAACAUUUGUAAAACAGAUCAACAUCCAUGCACAGCUUAAUAUAAUUUAGCUUAUGAUCUUGUGACUUUAUAGGUUACUAAAGUAACUACAGCAGGCAGCAGUUAUGAUGUUAGGCGUACACUGGUGCCAUUCCCCGUUAAUGUGAUAAACUGGUUUGCUAGAGUGCCCUGCUUCCGAUUCAUUUGCUGAAAGCAACCGGUCGCACAAAUAUGCACAGAAUUGACACUAGCCUACCUGGAACUUGUUCCAAGCUGGCUAAUGAUGCCCCAGUGACACUGCCUGAGGUGUAGUACACCUACAGCUUCAAAGGGUUUCAACUCUUUAUGUACAACAUUUCAUAGCAAAAUGCUGCACAUACAGAUUUCAGGCACCACGACUACUUAGAAACCUAAAAUGUGACGGCAGAUAAGAACCAUUCGGCCCAUCUAGUCUGCCCAAUUUUCUAAAUACUUUCAUUAGUCCCUGGCCUUAUCUUAUAGUUAGGAUAGCCUUAUGCCUAUCCCAAGAAUGCUUAAACUCCUUUACUGUGUUAACCUCUACCACUUCAACUGGAAGGCUAUUCCAUGCAUCCACUACCCUCACAGUAAAGUAAUACUUCCUGAUAUUAUUUUUAAACCUUUGUCUAUGUCCUCUUGUUGUGGUAGUUUUUCUUCUUUUAAAUAUACUCUCCUCCUUUACUGUGUUGAUUCCCUUUAUGUAUUUAAAGGUUUCUGUCAUAUCCCCCCUGUCUCGUCUUUCCUCCAAGCUAUACAUGUUAAGUUCCUUUAACCUUUCCUUGUACUUAAAAUGACUGAAGUGAUCAUGGUGCUUGGAGUUAUCCUUUAACUGGUUUAGAAUAUUAAUUCUGAAUGUCAUAUUGCACUCCACAAUUGUCAUUAUUCCUCCUAAUUGGACUCUAUGCAUUUUCAUUGUGGUCAUAUGAAAAUGCCAUAUAUGAGUCCGGAAAAAGUCCAACCAUCAUUAACAUAAGAACAGUGUGCGUGACAUCAAUAUACCCUGACAGCCAAGGAGAGUGGACUAGAAUGCUGGCGUGAACAAUGACGACUUCACUAUACUAGUCAGUGGGGGCAUAGACGCCGUUGAGUGAGCAAGUGUACUGUGUGGCCAUCGCAUUCUAACUGACUGAGCGGGUAGAGCAACCAAUCUGCAUCAAAUUUGCAUUGAACUUGAACAUUCCUCCUCUGAAACUAUUUGAAUGAUUCAGAAGGCUUUUGGGUAUGAUGCAAUGAUGGUCGAGAAUUUGUUGAAAGAUUUUGCGCUUUGUGACUUCUGGCUUUUCCAAAACUAAAAUCACCUUUGAAAGGGAAGAGAUUUCAGAUCGUCGAUGAUAGGUAAAUAUGACGAGGCAGCUGAUGGUGAUUCCAACACAGAAUUUUGCAGUGUUUUGAUAAGUGGAAGAAAUGCUGGGAGAACUGUGUGAGAUCCCAAGGUGCCUGCUUUGAAGGGGACUGAUGCAUCAUUGUCCUAUGUACAAUGUUUCUUGUAUCUUCUUUAAUAAAUGUCUCUAUAUAUCAUAUUACAUGGCUGGAUGCUUUCUGGACAGACCUCAUAUUAUAGCCUUGUAUCUAAAAUCAGAGUUUUCAAGAUGGGCAGAUUUGUCCUGUUGUUUGACAGCAAACAUUGAAAGAUGGUAUAAUGUCUAGCGUAUUGAAUCUCUAUUAGAAUGGAAAGAAUAUCUGUUUGUAAAAUUAGAUCAUUUGCAAAGAUGCAGAUGACUAUUUUUAUAUUGAACUUUCAUUAUUUCAGUAUAAGUAUUGUUUUUUGUUUUUUAAUAUCCAUGCUACCAACUGCUUCAUUUCAGUUCUGCAACCCCUUAUUCUAUUUAUGGAUAUAUUUGAUAGAAGUACUUGGCUACCAUAUAUUUUGUAGACAAACAAGUCACACACAUGCAAGAACAACGUGACAUAUUCCUUAUUGUUAUAUAUUGACAUGUUUUCAAUCUUACAUCUCUAUUCUUGGUAUAUUUGUGUUAUAGUUAAUGUGAUUUAUCAGUUUAUGUAAAAAUAUCAAAAUUUUCUUGUUUGGCAGGGUUCUCCUCAUAGUGUUAAUGGUAUUUACUGCAGUCCAGCUGAUGGAAACCCCAUACUACUGACUGCAGGGUCUGAUAUGAAACUCAGGUAACUAAUACAUUAUGUAUGAUUCAUUUUUAUGUAUGUUUUAUCUUGCCUCUGAGGACUAUGUUGGCUCUUUUUUUCACACUGGCAUAAAAGGACUGGCAAAAAGAACCUUCUUAUUUUGUGACUUCUGUAGGCUUCACAUGAUGCAUAGACCUCUUCCACCAGGUGGAUUUUACACCACAUGAGUAUUUUUAUUUUUUUUAUUCUCCAAAUUUUUGUUGAUCAAAAUUCAUUAUGAACAUCUAUCGUCUACGAACCUGGUAGCGUUUCCUGGGUUUCUAUAUUUUUGUUUCUGUGGCAGAUCCCCUUUUGAAAAAAAUGUCUUUUUUUAUAUUUAUGUUUUAUUGAAGGUUUUAACAUUCACAUACAUUGCAGAGUCAUGUUAUAGUUACAUUGUGGUACACGAUUGCAGUUGACACGAGAAAUCAGAUAACAUAGUCACAUGUACAUAUCCGAAGUCGUCCAUGCAUCAUACAGUGAUAUAAACAUUGCGUCAUUAUAUAAACAAAGUAACACGUAUCAACAUAAUGAACAUCUUGAACAUCUAGGUCUGAGGAAAAACGGUUCAAGGGACAAUCACAGUAGUAGUACUUGGGCCCUAGCCCUGAAGAAUACGGGUGGCCCCCCCUGUCGGUCUGUAAGUGGGAAGCGGCCCUGUUUCUCUACCCGUGAGUAGAGAUGCUGCAUGGAGCAGUUCCUCGUUUAGAAUGUUUUGGCCAGGAGAGAUUUGCAGUUUUCCACCUUUGAGCAUUGUUUUUGCACAGCUGAAUUAAGGGGGUGUAGUUUUGUUCUACAAUGCCCGCUAAGGAGGGAGUAAGUUUGAUUCCUAGAUAUGUAAGGGAUGAUGGGCUGAUCCCUUUUAUAGUGUGGGUUUCCCAUGGGUGCAAUGCUGUUGCUCAAGACUGUGUAUGUCCUACCUAUACUUUUUUUACUAAGCUCCAGAACAGAUGAUACAAGGAUACUAUUUUCUCUCUCUUUAGUAUUCUCUUGAGCUCAUGACAGUGUAGUGACGUCCUCUAGGGCAUGCUCAAAUGCCAGGUUGGGGAAUAUGCUAUUGUAAAGGAACAUGUGUUAUUUUAGGAGUUUACAUUUGUAAACUUGAUGAAGAGUGCUAUAUAUGUUCACUAGGUGUCUAAUAAUGUGCUUCUGAAUUACAGAUUUUGGAAUUUGGCCUGUCCGAAGAGAUCCUACAUUAUUGCAGGCAGUACUAACAGUUUACCGCCUGUGUCUUACGUUAGUAAGAUAAUAGAAGGAACUGAAGUUGUUCAGGUGAGAGAUAUUCCUAUCUUGUGCUGUUUUAUGUAAUUUAUAAUGCAAUUAUGUAUUACCACAUAUUAGAAAAAUAAUUUGGUGUGGGUAAGUACACAUGCAUGUUAAUAGGUUGGGCAAGGCCAUUAGAGGUAUUAAUCAAUUGUUGUCUCUGAUUAUAUUUGUUGUUCUGAAAGAUAUGCAUUGUGAGAAAACCUCGAAAUGCUAUAUAAUGGUUUUUUUUUUAUGUCACACAGUAAAAUUAUUAUAGCAGUGAAAUAGUAAUGUGUACUGAAAAUUUAGCAAAUAUGUUUGUAUCUAUUGUGUAAUAGUUGCAUAUUAAUAAUAAUGUAUAUAACAUUACAUAAAUAAUAUUAUACUAGUUUAGACAAGUUUAAAUUGUCUGCUCAUCCUGAUGGGUUAACCAACUUGUUUCUCUGCAUUCAUAUUGUCUGAGUGGAUCUGUUUUUACGUACGAUGACUACACUGUUUGAAGCUUGUGUUAGAUAUAAUUUUCAACAAGGUCUGCAUGUUUACACGUCUCCCUUUUAGAUUUGGUAAGUGGUGUGCCAACUGUGAGCCCCAUUCUUUUUAGGGUCCAGCUGGUGUGGUAGACACAGUAUAGCAACUCUUUGGUUGCCAGGCAUAGUGACUGCCCAACACACUGAUACUGCAGCGAUAGUGCACUUUAUGUGUGAUGGCUUUAGUUACUCUCAAUAACCCCACCCAUCGCAUAAUAGCAUUGAGGCUGAACUUGUGCACCAAGAUGUGAUGUACUACAGCACUGGCUACCUAUUACAUGUAUAGCAGGAGGGAAGGUUGUGCUGCACGAUUCACAGCUCUCCUGCUCCCCUAACACUAGACACGAGCGAGAGCACAUAGCCCCCCUCCAUCCCUGAAAAAGAAAAGAAGAAAUGAGGGAAAACUAAAUUUAAAGUAUGAGUGCCUAUGUAUCUACGUGUGUUUGUGUUUUGGUUCCUCUGUCUAUUUGAGUCUCUUUGUGUGUGAAAUUACCUGUGCGAGCAUUAUUCUGUGUCUCUCUUUCUCUAUAGAAAAUGCAUGCAGGUGCUCUGAAAUUGUAAAUGUCCUGCAGCAAAUUACAAGAGAUAUUCAAUGUCCCUAAAUAUAAUGCAAUGUUUUAAGUCCACUGGAAGCACAAAUACCUACUGACUAUAUCUAAUCACAUCAAGGAUACAAAACACAUUUUUUUCCCUUCCUCUUACUUCUAGAUUGGUUAGGCAAACUUUAUGGGUAACUGGGCUUCCAGUAAUGUGUGACUAAGCCAAUGCCACUCUGAAGAACCACAAAAGGUGCAAUAACUGCCCAUUACUGCCCAGCACAGAUUCUCUAAGACCCUAGCUUUUACACUUGACCAAAAAGCUAUGUAAGGAAAAGGUGUUUUCUAAACCAGCGUACAAACAGGUGGAUAGGAUAUUUCAGUGUAAAAGUGUUGUUUGCCCUUCUUUGCAUUCGCUCUGCUGGGCACUCUAGUACAAUCAUUCAUUACUGGGUGUGUUGUUUUUUUAAUUUUAUUUUUAUAACAGGAAUGGAUAUAUGCAGGUGUUAGCAUUUAAAUUCUUUUUGGAAUUUACAUCUUGGAAAUGCAUAUAUAGAUGAAACUGCCAUCAAGUAUACAACUUUAGCUAUUUCGAAAGAGCUUAACCCCUUAAGGACAAAACUUCUGGAAUAAAAGGGAAUCAUGACAGAAUAUUUCCAUCAUGUGUCCUUAAGGAGUUAAAUUCUAUCUAUACAUUAUGCUAGCAAUUUUUCUAGCAGAUGUAUAGUUUUGAAGAAAAACCUAUUUAAAUCUUUUUUUUUCCCUCCCAUCUCCCUUUCAAUUCCUCGGAAGACCAUGAAUAAUGGUUGCUGUGGUAACUCCCUAGCCGGCGCUACUAGCACCAACUAGGGAGUAUAGGAAUGAAGUGAUGUGACAUUACGCUGUUCAGUCACUGGCACGCUGACAUUAAAGCCAGCUUGUUGGCGUCAUGAAAGAGGUUUGCCCUGCUUGCGAAGUGUCUCCAAGCAGGGCAUAUUAGCAAAGAACAGAGGAGGAGCUGCCUGGAAGUUGGUGAAACAGAAGUGUAACACUCACAUCUUUAAUGAGAUUGUGGAGGGCCAGGUAAGCCAUGACUGUUUUCCUUUAACUAUGAUUUAACAUUCAGUGUAAUCUUGCCUUGGCUGCUUGUUUAAAAGUGAAAUUCCCAGGCGAUCUUAUUAUCGUUUAAUUUUUGUUUGUUUUUCUUUUAUUGCAUGCAUUUAACAAACAGGAAAUCCAAAGUAAACACACAGCUGGUCCCAGUGAAGAGACACCACGAAAAGGACCUGAAUCAUUGCCAGCUGGACAUCAUGAUAUUAUUACGGACAUAGCCACUUUUCAAACCACACAAGGGUUUAUAGUAACGUCUUCUAGGGAUGGAAUUGUGAAAGUAUGGAAGUAAGAGUCCUGUCAUACUGGAACUUUACAAGCAUCAUGAAGUAACUAGGCCUUGACUGCAGCCGAAUCCUUUUUGUGCAAUGCACUCUAUUUCCUGUGCUGUCCACAAGAUGGCAGCAGGCGGCUGUAGAAGGAAGGGGUGUUGCAUCCAAAACAUCAUGUAUCUUGAAAGAAGAUUUUUAUAUGUCUCUUUUUCACAGAAUUGGUCUGAAUAUGAAUGCUGCCUAUAGUAUUACACAUAAAUCUCACAAAAUCCAGGUUAUUUAAUUUUUUUAUAUAAAAAUAAGUGUUUUCUUUCCAUGUCUGUAAUGUAAAGAUGAAAGAAGUCUGGCCUUUUUUCAUUUGCACACAAAGUGCUGAGAAGUCGUAAUAUUUAAAACUCUAUUUUGAAAGCUUGUUUACAAGACUGGAGGCGAAGGUAAGGCAUGUGUUUUGCACUAAUGUUCCUAUAUACUACUAAUAAAUAACUACCUGUAUACCAAAUGGACUCUGCC